UGAUUCCACUAGUCAAAACAGAGAUCCGUUCGUCCUCUUUUGUCUUUCGGAUUCAUCUUUCAAAUCGGUUUCAUCAAAAGAGAGAGGUUAUUGAUUCUUCUUCCUUUCUCUUUCGAAUUGGUUUCUCUUGGUCUUGCUUCUCAGUCUUUUUGUUACAGGAGAUAUCGAAAUCGGUUUUGUGUUGUUGGUCUUAAAGAUUUUAAGGAUGGAGAACAAACCAAGUGUAUUAACUAAAAGAUAUGAAGUUGGGAGGUUAUUGGGUCAAGGUACUUUUGCUAAAGUUUAUUAUGGAAGGAGUAUUCAUACCAACGAGAGUGUAGCUAUCAAGAUGAUUGACAAGGACAAAGUUAUGAGAGUCGGGCUUAGCGAGCAAAUCAAGAGAGAGAUCUCUGUGAUGAGGAUUGCUAAACACCCGAAUGUCGUGGAGUUAUACGAGGUUAUGGCAACAAAGUCGAGGAUUUACUUUGUUAUUGAGUAUUGUAAAGGUGGUGAGCUUUUCAACAAGGUUGCAAAAGGGAAACUUAGAGAGGAUGUUGCUUGGAACGCGCUUGCUGAUUGCAAGCGUCAAGAUGGUCUUUUGCAUACAACUUGUGGUACACCUGCUUAUGUUGCGCCCGAGGUUAUUAACCGAAAAGGAUAUGAUGGUACGAAAGCGGAUAUUUGGUCUUGUGGUGUUGUCUUGUUUGUUCUUUUGGCUGGUUAUCUCCCUUUCCAUGACUCUAAUCUAAUGGAGAUGUAUAGGAAGAUAGGUAAAGCAGAGUUCAAGUGCCCGAGCUGGUUUGCCCCUGAAGUAAAGAGACUAUUGUGUAAGAUGUUUGACCCUAACCAUGAGACUAGAAUCACUAUUGCAAAAAUCAAGGAGAGUUCUUGGUUCAGAAAAGGUUUACAUUUGAAGCAAAAAAAGAUGGAAAAGAUGGAGAAACAACAAGUCAGAGAGGCUACUAAUCACAUGGAAGCUGGAGGUUCAGGUCUAAAUGAAAACAGAGAAAACCACGAGCCGCCUCGGCUUGCUACCUUGAAUGCUUUCGAUAUUAUCGCAUUGUCUACGGGUUUUGGUUUGGCAGGACUUUUCGGGGACUUAUAUGACAAGCGAGAAUCUAGAUUCGCAUCGCAAAAACCUGCUUCAGAGAUCAUUUCUAAGCUAGAGGAGGUUGCCAAGUACCUGAAGCUGAAGAUAAGAAAGCAAGGCGCAGGCGUGUUCAAACUGGAACGAUUAAAGGAAGGUAAAAAAGGGAUUUUGACGAUGGAUGCAGAGAUAUUCCAAGUGACACCAACGUUUCACCUGGUGGAAGUGAAGAAAUGUAAUGGAGAUACAAUGGAGUAUCAGAAGCUAGUGGAGGAGGAUCUUAGGCCUGCUCUGGCAGAUAUUGUUUGGGUUUGGCAAGGAGAGAAGGACAAAGACGAGCAGUUACUGCAGGAUGAACAAGGAGAGCAAGAACCAUUGUAGCUAGACUUCAUAGAAAACAGAAGCAAGCACAAGAAUUGUAGCAGGAAACAUGAAGAAGAGAAACUCUCUCGCGGCUUCAGAAGCAUCAAGAACCUCUUAACGAACAAUAGCCUGUGACAAAGAAAAGCAUAGGAAGGAA